AGUUAUGGGAGGGGAAAGUGCACAUGAUAUAAAGUUAGCGUUAAUCAGAUAACAGUGAUCAGUCACCUGAUUAAACCAUUCAUUUUACUUCCCUGUUUAAUCCACAUUCAGAAAAAUGGCAACUCUGAAUCCACAGCAGCCUGAAAAGGUUAACAUUAAAGGGAGAUGGAACUCACGUGGAAAACAAGAGCUCUUCAUCACAGGGCAGCAUGUGAGUUUACAGAGACUGAGAGAGCAAAUGCUCCUGGUGAACCCUCAGCCUCACAUGAUGACGUACUUAAGCAAGGAGAUCCCACCCUACCCAACUCCAGUAGAAUUUUGGGUUUCAAAUGUAGCCCAUGUUACUGACGAGACAGGAUUUGAGGGGAUACUGGAGUCGGAGCAGUUCAAUCCUCUUGAAAGUGAGUUCUUAUGGUGGGACUUAAAAAUCAAUGAAGAGGAGAUAAGAUCAGCAGAGAAACGCUACAUGGAGAUGAACUUCCCAAACGAAGCACAAGAGCUGAAGGAACAGGAGCCGUUUCUGGAGACGUUCACCACAUCACCCGCAUUUGAACUAGAGAAAUCUCGCUACGGUAAUUAUCGCUUCACAUUUCCCCUCACUGAGCUGAUGGAAUGGUACAAGGAACAGAACUGUGGAGGAGAAGAGCCGGUUCUCAGAGUGUAUGAGACCGUCACCUACAAACAGGAGAUUAUGUACACCGUGCUGAUUCACAGUCCUGAGGAUAACGAGCGUUUUGGAGGAUAUCCGCAUCUUGAAGCGAGUGAGUGGGUUCUUUAUCAGGAUGGGAAGAUUAUCUGGAAAGCACAAGCCAUUUGUGAAACCCACUGGUAUCAGUUUGUUUCAGGAGAAGUACAAAGGCUAUAUACUCAUGAGUUUUAUGUCUGGGAUCAUGUUAGUUUAGUCUUUCACUUGCCAAAUCAUAAGGCCCUGAAAAUUCCCAGAGAACGGCUUAUAAAAGCCCUCGAGGCCUGUAAACUUGAUCAGAUCCAUCUCUCGGGGUACAAUGGUCCUAGAAACAAAGAGGAACGCUUCUUGGAUGCAAACAUGAAAGUGAGUGAAUUGAAAAGAGAGUUGGAAGAGGAGUAGAAAGAAUAAUGGAGGUAGACAUUGAUUGUGAAUGAUUCAAGUAGUAGAUAGACAGUAAAGAGGAAGAAGAUCAAGCAAGAAUUGUGAAACAUAUUCAUGCAGAGAAAGUACAAAAUACCAGGCAUAACCAUACUGUUUGUAAUCAUUUUAGUUAAAAAAUAAAAUAAAAUAAAAAGAAAUAUCGUGAUUUGCAAUGAUACUUUUCUGGAUUUAUUAUGAGUGCACAAAUGAUGAUAUCUGUGUAACAGGAGAAGAAUAAAAGAUUCUCUGUGAUUUCA